CCAAAUGUCUCCUCCAUAAUUACACCCUACAACUUGCCCCCCGCCAAACCUGCCCCCCCUCCCGGAUACCCCAAAACCUGCCCCCCUCUUCUGCCCCCCAUCGUCUCCUCCCCCUGUUCCAGUCUCCCCAGUCUGACUCCCGUGUCCCCCCAAACCCCGUGUCCUCCCCGCCCCCCCAGUCUGGCCGCCACAUUCAGAACAUCUCCCCCGACCCCCCGGUGCUCCCCCCACCCUCCCGGGACAGACCCCACCGUGGAUGCGGGGGGUGUGGGGAGCAAUCGGGGACCCCCCCAGGGGUCGCCCCCAGCCCGGCGGGGUCACGCGGCGGCCCAGGGGGUGCACGGGGAAGGGUCGUGUUUGCACAGGGACGGGUGGCGAUGUCGCAUUGGCACGGCGACACCGGGGUCACGCCUUGCACGGGGACGGGUCACACCUGCACCGGGGCUGUGCUUGGCUGCGGUUGUAUUUGCACAGGGACGGGUCGCACCUGCGCCGGGGCUGGCUUUGCACAGGGACCGUGACAUUUGCACCAAUGUCCUGUUUGCACAGGGACCGUGACAUUUGCACGAGGGUCCCUUUUGCACAGGGACCGUGACAUUUGCACGAGGGUCCCUUUUGCACAGGGACGUACUUGCGCGUCAUUGUGUUUGCACAGGGCCGGGUCGCACUUGCACCGGGGCUGUGUUUGAUGGGGACAGUGCCAUUUGCAUGGGGCCGGUGGCGUUUGCACGAGAACGGUCACAUUGCCACGGGGAGAGCGACAUUUGCACGGGGCUGGUGACACUGGCGUGGGGCUGGUGACACUGGCACGGGGAUGAUCGCACCUGCACGGGGAGAGACCCCGGGCAGGGGCCGGCGGCGCUGGCACGAAAAUGACCGCGCUCGCACGGCGCCAGUGACAAUUUCAUGAGGGGGCUUGGCAGUGGCUCGGAGUCCCUGACACCGGCGCGGGCACGAUCCCAUCUCACAGGGUGGGUGACACGGGCACGGAGCCGGGGCCGCCUCGCGGGGUCGGUGCCACUUCCGCGGGGUCCCGGCGCUGUCCGUGGUGCUGCCCCGCGCCGCCGCCUCCCGCCGGCAGAGGGCGCCCUUCGGGGGGGGGGGGUGGGGCUGGGGGGCUCCGGGGGUCCCCGCGGUCCCCACGCGGUGACCUCGCCCCGCCGCCCCCGCCCCGCCGGCCCCGGCACCCGCAGGGUGGCGCUUGGCUCGCUGCCAUCAGUCGGCUUCGGGGGUAAGGCUGCUGCUGGCCGGGCGUCCCGGAGAGGGGCUGUGGGGGAGCUCUCCGCUCCCCAGGAAGCGCCAUGGGCCCCCCUGGACGCCCUCACACCACCUAGACACGUCUCCAGCCAGCAGCACCUCCCAACCCCGAGCAGGAUGGCCCAGCAGCGCCACGCCAUCCCCCCACCACUCAAGACGGAGGAGGACUACAUCCCCUACCCCAGCGUGCACGAGGUGCUGGGCCGGGAGGGGCCGUUCCCCCUCAUCCUCCUGCCGCAGUUCGGGGGUUACUGGAUUGAGGGCACCAACCACCAGCUGAGUGGGGCCCCCGACUCGCCCCCCACCCCGGUGCCCGGCACCCGGGCAAAGCUGGAGGGCAACCACACGGCCAAGAUCUACCGCAAGCACUUCCUGGGCAAGGAGCACUUCAACUACUACUCCCUGGACCCGGCGCUGGGUCACCUCGUCUUCUCCCUCAAGUACGACGAGCAGGAGCACCUCCACCUGCUGCUGCGCACCCGUGCCCGCACCCUGCACGAUGUGGUGCCCAUCUCCUGCCUGGCUGAGUUCCCCAACGUGGUGCAGAUGGCCAAGCUGGUGUGCGAGGACGUCAACGUGGAUCGCUUCUACCCUGUGCUCUAUCCCAAGGCAUCCCGCCUCAUCCUCGCCUUUGACGAGCACGUGCUCAGCAACCACUUCAAAUUUGGGGUCAUCUACCAAAAACUGGGGCAGACCUCCGAGGAGGAGCUUUUCGGCACCACGGAGGAGAGCCCGGCCUUCGCCGAAUUCCUCGACGUCCUGGGUCAGCGGGUGCAGCUGCGGGACUUCAAGGGGUUCCGAGGGGGGCUGGAUGUGACUCACGGACAGACCGGCAGCGAGUCGGUCUAUUGCCACUUCCGUGACAAGGAGAUCAUGUUCCACGUCUCCACCAAACUGCCCUACACCGAGGGGGACGCCCAGCAGCUGCAGCGGAAGCGUCACAUCGGCAACGACAUCGUGGCCAUCGUCUUCCAGGACGAGAACACGCCGUUCGUCCCCGACAUGAUCGCCUCCAACUUCCUCCACGCCUUCGUGGUGGUGCAGCUGGAGCAGGGGGGCACCCAGGGCACCCUCUACAAGGUCUCCGUCACCGCCCGUGACGACGUGCCCUUCUUCGGCCCGCCGCUGCCCGACCCCGCCGUCUUCAGGAAGGGCCCCGAGUUCCAGGAGUUCCUGCUGACCAAGCUCAUCAACGCCGAGUACGCCUGCUACCGCGCCGAGAAGUUCGCCAAGCUGGAGGAGCGGACGCGAGCGGCGCUGCUGGAGACGCUGCACGAGGAGCUGCAGGCGCGCAGCCAGGCCAUGCUGGGGCUCAGCCCCGACGACGAGCGCCCCGACAACGGCGGCGCCGCCCCGGGCUUCUUCGAGUCCUUCAAGUCGCUGCUGGUGCCCGGGAGCCGCCGGGGACGCCGCGGCAGCGCCAUCGGGCUGGGCUCGGUGGAAGAGGUGGGUACCUCGCUGCCCCCCCUCGGUGUUCCCCCGGUCCCCGGUGUCCCCCCGGUUAACGGCACCCCGCAGGCGCUGCUGGUGCCCGGGAAGAGCCCGUCGCGGCGGCGGCCCGGCCCCCUCGGCUCCCGCCGCUCCAGCGCCAUCGGCAUCGAGAGCAUCCAGGAGGCGCCGGCCGGCAGGGACGGCCCCGCAGCCGCCGACGGCUCCAGCUCCACACACAGUUCCCCCGAGAGCCGCCGGAACCCCGACAGGGCCGAGAAGCCGGAGCCGCCGGAUUUCUCCCGCUCCUCCUCCAGCGCCAGCAGCUUCGGCAGCGCCGCGGAGGAGCCCGGCGAGCCGGGACGGGAGAGCCGCUCGCCCUCGGGGAGCCACCGCGACGCCUUCACUGACACCCCCUGGCCGGAUGACCCCCCCGGGACCCCCCCAGGCCGCCGCCCGCCGGACCCCCCCUGCCCCGAGAUCAAAAUCCAGCUGGAGCAGCCCCCCCAUAACCCGGGCUCAUAGUUACCCCCCACCCGCGGGGGUGUCACUGCUUCACCCCCCUCUGUGUGCCACCCCCGUGCCAGGAGCUGAAGCCAUCGUCCCCGGUGCAGGAUUUGGGGGGGACCCCCAACAAAAAUUGGGAUGCGCCCCCCUCCAGACAAUCUCUGUCACCCCAAAAACCCUUCGGGUGAGGGGGUGAUGCACCACAAAGGGGCCUCCCCUCUGCCAUGACCCCAAAAUGAAGAGUGGGUCCAACCCCAGCAUCAUCCCCUCCCUGAAAAACAAAAGAGGGGACUCAAAUCCAGGGUAACCCCAAAGUGGAGCUCCCUCUCCCCCCCUUUAUUUUAAGGGACAAAAGUUCCGGAAUGUGCUGGAGGCUGGAACUGGGGGGAGGGGGAGGAAUAUUUUUUCACACCCUCCCGAACUGUGUUUGUGUUUCCCGUGAGUCCUGUAUAAAAUAAAAGUUUAUUUAUCGCUACA